AUGGGAGGAGGUCGAGAGGCUAUUGACAACAACAGAGCUGACAGACACGCAGACAUUAUGGGAGUGGAUCAUCAGCACGCCACCAGACACACGUUCAGAUACAGCAGCAGCAUGAGCUCUGGUCUGCUCGGCCUCCCCAGCACGGCCAGCCAGCUCUCUCUCGACUGCGUGGUGGACAUCGAUGUCUUUCCCAACUGCCCGCUGAUGAUAAUGAAGAUCAGGAAUCCCCAGAUGAAGCGCAGUUCCUCCUCGAGAGAAAACACUGUACUUCGACUGAAGAUUGUGAGGGAGUCGCUGGAGAGGCACCCCCUGCGGUUCUCCCUUCAGGAAGGAAAGGUCAGCGCGCUGUGCCCGCAGGAGGGAGAGCAGGUGUGGGCCCUCAACAUCAAGAGAGCCAUACUGAGCAUGCUCCAGACCUCCCACUCCGCGGGGACCCGGGUGAUGGUGGAAGAGACGGAUGUGUACGGGUCAUGCAUGACCCGGUAUGAGAGGCGGGGAAAUGCCCUGUUGAAGGCUCGGAACCUGCAGCAGUGCCACCAGCAGAGGACUGCUCAGUUCUGGAGACACUCGGUGCCGCUGAAAGAAAAAAAUGUUUUGUCUCUGAAGCACGAGUGUGUUCAGCACAUGGGUAAAAAGGCCAUGGACAAAGUGAACUGCACAGAGACGGUGUCCCUCAUGGCCCCCACAUCCUCUGGACAGUCUGAGGUGAUGCAGACAAAGACUGUGUCGGUUAUGAUCAUGCUUCGAACCCUGGAGAACAUACCUCUGGGCUUUGACAAACGAAAAUCCAGAUAUCUGACCAACCUGAUGUUUGAAGAUGCCGUGGACAACUCAGCCAGAGCACAGCGGGCAGCAUCACAGAAUGCUAUUGCCACUGUGCGAAAGCUGUGCACCCACAUGACUGACCAGCAGCAGCAGUCGGAGCAGCUCUUGAGCCUGGUGGUGGAGCUGAGGGGUCUGGCCCUGCGGCAGCUGAGAGAGGUGUGGCAGGAGGCCUCCUUCAAGUGCCGCGAUGACUGGCAACCCCUGAUGGAUGGCCUGCUCACAUGUGGCUCUGAGGGAUGCGUCCUCCUCCUCACCGAGCUGCUCUCGUCCAGGGAGAUCGAGACGGAUCAGGCGUCUUCGCUCUUCGCCGCCUUUGCCUUCGCACGCCAUCCCUCCCCUGCUAUGAUCAGGGGCAUUAAUGGAUUGACGCGGUCCGGAGAGGCCCAGCCCAAGCUGCUGCUGGCGGGAUCAGCCCUGGUCCACAGCCUGUGUCAGGAGGGGAGGACCCACUGCCACCAGAUUCCUGAGGUCCAGCAGUACAUGCGGGAUCUCACACGCGGCCUGGAGGAGGCAUACAGGGCCCAAGACCCCUCCAGAAUGCUGCUGAUAAUGAAAGCGGUGGGGAAUGCUGGGCAGGCAGCGGGGGACCUCAUCCCUCAGCUCAACGACUGCAUUCUGAACCAUUCAGCCCCUCUGGAGAUACGCCUAGCCGCCAUCCAGGCCUUCAGGCGCAUACCCUGCAAUGCCAAUAGGAAAGUCCUGCUGCUAGCAUACCAGUCCUCCCAGGAGGACGCGGAGGUCAGGAUAGCCGCCUACCAGCAGCUCCUGCGCUGCGCCACAGCCAGCCCUGAGAUCUUUGGAGUAAUAAGAUCCACCCUCGAGAGGGAGACGUCAAGCCAAGUGGGGGCAUUUGUGUGGAGUCACCUCAUGCAGAUCCAGAAAACAGAAGAUCCACUCAAGCAGGCAUUGCUGCAGUCAAUGCCUGAUGACAUUCUCAGCAGGAGUUUCGAAGGAGAGCCUUGGAAAUACUCCUCCUUCAUGGACUCCACCAUAGACACAGGCAUGGGAGCUGCCAAUGUCGAGGGGGCUUUGGUGUUUUCUCCCAAAUCAUUUCUCCCACGAUCCCUGAUGACAAAUCUGACAGUGCAUGUCUUUGGAAGAGCAUUCAACCUCAUGGAAAUCGACUUCCGGGCUGAGAACAUGGAGCCGUUGAUCAUGGAUCUCCUGAGGGGUCAGGCCCCUGGGCCACAGAGGAGGUCUGGUCAGGCCCCGGAGCACAGGCAGGCCUCCGCACGGCAGAGGAGGACCACCACUAACCCCCACGCAGCGGGACCAGAGGGACAAGGCCACGGCCAUGACGGAGACCGAGAGAGCAGAAGAGAGGAGUGCAGAAGCCAGACCGAGAGCUUGUUCACUCAUGCCAAAGCUCAGUUUUCAGGACGGAGACCUGCAGUGAAAAUGCCCAGAUGCUGGCUCAGCAUGAAGAUGUUUGGGAAUGAGCUUGACUUUCUCACCUGCGAUGACUUCUCUGAACACGUGAAGAAACUUUCACUCGGGGGUGCAGAGAUCGCCCUGAAACUGUUGAAGGGUCAUGAAGUGAAGCUCCACCACCGGUCCUUUGUAGUUGCAGAGGAGCUGGCCCUGCCGUCUCUCUCUGGCCUCCCCAUCAAGAUGGGGGUCAACGUCUCCUCUCUCUUCUCCCUUCGGGUGAAAGGAAACACACAAUUUAAAGACUGGACCAGCUUCUUGUUGGCUGGCUAUAUCAAACCAAACUUCCAUGUUGGGAUCUCAGCGAGGAUGGGGGUGGAUGGGGCCCUGGGUCAGGUGGGGCUGGAGUGGGUCUCUAAGCUCAAUACCGCUGCCAGUGUGGACGGAACCGUACAACUGCACAACGGCCAGGCCUUCAAGAUGAUCCUCAACACGCCGGAGGAAUCAGCGGAUCUUCUGUCUCUCAGGGUAGGACUGCAUAGGCUGAGUGGUGACGUCAGAGAGGAGGUGACAUCAUCCAGGAAUUUGGUGCAGAAGACCAUCUGCUCUCCGAAGACAUGGUCCAAGUUGGUCGGGUGGCAGCUGUGCUAUGAUGCGUCCCAUCCUCAGGCUGCUGUGGGGAGGGCUCUCCUGCACCACGGGCCCACACACCUAUCUCUCAGGCUCAACAAGCUCGACAAAACCCUCCAGCAGUACCUUCUGGAAGCAGUCUACACCUCCCUGCCUCUGAGAGACUCGUGGUUGCCGCGUGAGGUGCACCUGCUGCUGUCGUUGAGGACGCCCCAGUCCAGCGUUCCAAGAGACCUGGGGGCGGAGUUUAUCAUGAGCCAGCGGCGGCUGGUUCUCCGGGUCACGCACCCUCAGAAGAGUCUCCUCAUACAAGGGCAGCUUGACCACGUGAAGAACACACACACUGCAAAGCUGGAGUUUCUAAUGGACCAUGUGCAUCACUACUACCUGAAGGGGGUGAUGGAGACCAUGAACCUCCCAACGGAGAAGAGGCAGCAGUAUCGUCUGGAAGCCAAGGUGGCAUCGCAUGGCCGCCCAGUGGUCCUGACAGUCGACACGGCACAGGGCUUCGACAGGAGAGCCAGCAUGGCAGCCACACUCAAAAACAUCUUCAAGGACACUGCAUCCUUCUCAGUGCAGCUGGACCGCAGGCAGGAAGGGGGGCAGAGGCAGUACUCCGUAGAUGCUGAUCUGCUGUUGCCAGGGUUACUGGGAGGCCGCAUCCUGGGCCUGCUCAAGCACACAGGCCCACAGUGGAGCUCCGCCCUGAGGCUCAAAUAUGGCCUACGAGAGGAGGCGAGGGAGCUGAGGCAGGAGUGCCAUAUGUCCCAAAGUCUGACGCAGGAGAUGAUGCCCACUCUCACCUACCUCAUGGCCGCCGAGCACGAGCUGCAGUGCUCCCACGCCCCAGCACUCAACCAUAAGGUUCAGCUGAGGCAUGAGCGCAGUGCCAAGCACAUGGUGUCCUCUGUGUCCCUGAGCUAUGGGAAACAGUGGGACCAGGUGACCAGCAAGCAGAGGGUGGUCAUCAGCCAGUCCCUCAGGAACCAGUCACGCACCGGCCUCACCAGCUACGCACUAGAGUUUGCCCUACAAGUACCAGACAGAGACAUGAACUACAGAGCGCAGCUCCUCCACUCACGGGUUCAUGGCAAGAAGGCAGAGAGCCGCACUAACCUCAAGGUCAACUAUAAUGACCUUUUGCCCUUCGUGGUCAGCUGGCACUGGAAGGAACUCAUCUCCAAGGUCUCCCUGAGGAAAUAUGAAGGAACAUUCAACAUGGACACGCCCUGGCUGUAUGUGCUCUGUGCCCACAAGUUGAACCAACUCCAGAGGGGCACCGUGGAGUUCAGCUCGGAGCUGACCACCAGGAAGCUGGUGUCCAUCCAGGGCCUGUCCCUCGAGGGUCUCUAUAGGGACCGCAGGGGGGAGAAGGAGGCCAGGCUGCAGCUAUCUACACCCGCCGUCACCUAUCUGAAGGCGUGGGCGUAUGGCGUGCUGGGUAAGCGAGGGCUGAAGGCUGCCUGCUCCCUCAGCUCCGCCUGGACGGAGGCGGCACAGGGCCAGAUCGCCCUUAGCGACGCCCGGCAACUGAAGACGCUGGAGCUGAGCGCUGCAUGCGGCCGACACAACCUCAGCAUCUCCACCAGCCUCAGCCUCAUGGAUAAGCAGCUGAAGAGGAGGCACGUGACCCUGACGGUGCGUCUGUCAGAGCCGCAGGGGGCGGGGCGGGAGCUGGAACUGGAGGGCAGCCUGGAGGAGCUGAAGAAGGACUGGUGGAUAUACCAGAAGAGGGCCAUGCUGCGCCUCAGACAGCCAUUCCAGUUUCUCCCUCAGAGCUUGCUGCUGCAGGAGACCUUCACCAUUGACCUUGAGAAGGGCACCUACACGCUGGUGUCCAAAGCCCUGUUUCACCAGGACAAGCAGCUCCUCCACACUCUCACCAUGGGGUACAAGGCCCAGAAGCCAUACGUUUGCUCCUCUUUGCUCCAUCCAUUCAGUUCUGCUGCCCUACCCCAAGACUCUGAGCUGUGCCUGACACUCGGCCAUGGUCAGUCGCAUAGGGAGCUGCAGGGGAUGUUUCGGGUCCAAAAGAGGGAGGUGCUGAGGCUCCAGGGGAAGAUUCAGUUCAGCGAGCCGGGGGUUGCCAAGCAACAAAUCAGCCUCAAGGCCAACCUGUCACACCACCUCCAGCUGCUUGUGCCAGCCUCUGUGAGCGUGGAGGGAGCGGUGAGCUGGAGGAGGGUGAAUGAUGGCCACUUCCAUUACCUCACCCACGGAAAAGCCACCAUCAAUCACCUGGACUGCCAGUGUUCGGUGCUCCUGAAUGGAUCCUAUGGAGAGAUGGGUCUCUAUGCAAGCAUGCAACAUCCCUUUGAGUCAAGAGUGCCCAAGAUGGUGCAGGCCCAAGUCACAGGACGCAGAUCUCCAGCUGGCACCGUGAGCGCAUCUGCAUCCCUGAGGACUGAUGGGAAAGACCAGGCCUUUGCGGAGGUACUCCUGGCUAAUAGCCGACAGGGCAGCAUGAGCUCCAUGGGUGUCCAUGUGGGCCUACAGCAGACCCUGCUCCCCAACGCCCUAAGCAGCUUACACCUGCAACUGGCCACUAAUGUCUCCACUAGCAGUGACCCUCUGAGGGCCCAGUGGACAGGGGCCCUUGAGCACAGUCCUGGAGCUGGAGAACCUGGCAGUGACGGCUCCAAAUGGCCCCCGACUGACCUCCCUGCUGUGCCCAGGACCCUGGGGGUGGAAGGACGGCUCUAUUCCUCUCCUGCAGGACCAGCUGAAGGACAGGUGACGCUGUCUGUGAACAAAGUAUUACACAGCCUGGAGUUCAGACACCUGGAGGAAGGGACCCAGGAGGAUGACCCAAACGGACAGAGAGAAGAUGGCACUCUGGGAACGAGGAGGAUGGAGGGCACUCGUGACUGGUUGUGUGUGAGAUCGGUGGACAAGCAUCUCUGUGUGAACAUGACCAGCUACUCCGGCCCUCAGGAGUCACGGCGUGUCUAUGGUCAGCUGUCUCACUCCCUCCCCUGGCUACACGACUCAGGUGUGGUGGCAGAGAACAGUGCAGGUGUGAGCUGGGACUGGGGAGAGGGGCGUGGCCUAAUGGACAUCAGGGUGCAUUCUGGGAACCGUAGCCUACUGAUGACUCUCAGGAAGGAGAUGAUCAAUGCCACUGAUGUGAUAGGACGCUUUCAGGUGAAUUGCACGGGGGGAAUAGGCCCAGGCCUCCUACUGGGGCAGUGCUCUGGACAGGCUGAGGACCAGGCCGUGGAGGUGAAGAUAUGGACUAAUCUGACCCGAUUUCCGGUGUCUAUCGAGUCUGGAUUGCAUCAACUUUUGACAGUGACUUCACGUGGCCACUGGGCUCCAGCGAGCAAGGAACUAGUGCUGAGUUUUGCCAACAACGUUUCAGUUUUGCAGCAGUACCUACCUGCCACGCUGUCCUGCAGAUCCCAGUUUAACAGCACUGAGUCUGAAGUGAGGGGGACUGUGGAACUGCUGACAGACAAGAGGAUGCUCACUGCUCAGGCAGAUCUCACCUACACAGAGGCAGGCUUCAAGCAGCAGCUGGAACUCAAUCACACCUUGCCACAGCUGAUGUUUGUGCCCCGGACAGCUACAGUGAGCACUCUGUGUGAGAGGGGGAACUCCACCUAUGCACUCAAGCACCGAGCAGGCUGGACGGGUUUGGACCUGCUGACGUCACCCAGCCCAAGCACUGAGCAUCCAGGGUCACCGCAGCCACAUGGGUGGGGUGUGGAUUUGAAGCUGGAGAGAGCCCCCAACAGGCGAGCGGGGGAGGUGCAACUCGGAUGGACAGCUCAGGGUGAAGAGAAGAGAGUGGAGGCUGCGGGCUCCUGGCUGCAAGAGGGAGAGCAGGCUGAGGGCAGGCUGCAGCUGAAGCAGCCCUUCACCCAAACACUCUCCCACAUCCACCUGCACACCCACUCGCAAAACCCAACCACCCAACCACAAAGCACCUAUCAGGCCAUGCUCUAUUGGGACAGAGGGAGACCUGUCAACGUUUCCAUGACAACUAGCCAGCGAUCGCAAGGGACAUCUAGCCAGGGCCAGGCGUGCUUUUACUUCUUACCUGGGCAGUUGCAGGCAGAGCUCCCCCUAGUGAAGGUACGGGGGUGUGCGUCAGCGGCGCGAGAGGGGCAAUCCUACACUCAGAAUGCAGAACUCCAAUGGAGUGACAAGCGGAUCACUCAGAGCAUGAAAUACCAGACCGGCCCCAAGGCCAUGCACACCCUGCAGGUGGAAGUGGGGGCGGAGAACGUGUCCCCGUCGCCCUGCCCCAGUCACCACCUCCAGGCCCAGAUCCACACCAACUGCCGCGACACCCUGGAGCACCACCUGCUGCUGGGCCUCUGCCCUCCACACCCAGCGCUGGCGUGGUCGGGUAGCCACCGGCUGAGCCAGGGGAAGGAGGUGUUCUACAGCCAGACCAGGCUGGCGGUGUCCGGGCAGCCGCAGCUCAGCAGCCUGACACUGGCUCUCACCAACACCUCCACCGCACAGCGCUCCAACUACUCCCUAAUCACAGAGUGGCAGGUGGGUAACCGGAGUCUGGAGCUGGGGGGCAGUGCGGUGGCAUCUGGUAGAGGACCCGGUCUGCGGUUUCAAGCCAAACUGGACGGCACCGAGCGCAUAUGGGUUCAGGGAGGAAUAGAGAAACACUGCCUUCGGACUGGAGUGGGCUAUGAGGAUGGGCCGCACUCCCUGGAUGAUGUCACAAUGGGUCUGUGUCUGGAGGGGCGGCACCACGCCACACUGGAGGCGCUCAGGCAUCUUGGAGGUGUCAAGAAGGAGGUACUAACGAUGGUAUCCGUAAGCGCAGCCAAUCAGAGCCUUGCGUUCAGCGCAAGAGGUUGUGCAGAGUGCCUGGCAGAUCUGGAGACGAGAUUUCUGCAAGUCGGGUCUCGCAUCAAGAACAAGCUGCUGGACAGAGUGCAGAGGAUGCAGCAUCACCUAAUGGAUUUCAGAAGAAAAUCGUCGGACAGUGCGUUUCUGCAGGAGCUGAGCUUGUGGCCGCUGCGCGUGACCCAGAGGCUGGAGGUGCUGCUGCACCAGAGGGCGGGGCUUCCCUGGGCCGCCUGGAGGGCGGGGCCACUGCGACGCGUUGCCACGGAGACGCUGCCCCGCACGCUGCUGCUGCUGCACCACACUGCACAGCUGGUCCAGCAGGAGCUGCACAAGCCCCUGGCCACUCUGGCGGGGGCCUACCAUGACGUGACAGGGCAGCGCCUGGAGACUCUGUGGCGGGACGCGGUGGCCCUGUGGGGGAGGAGACUAGCGGAGCUGCUGCCCGGGGUACUGGAGGACCCCCAGCUACGGGCCCCGGCCCAGACCACACUACAGUCCGUCACCACCGCACUCGACAUGGUGUGCCAGCAGGCGGUGCAGUGGGUGGAGGCGAGGCUGGCAGCGGCACUGAUGGGCGCCAAGAGGCAACUAGCGUCGGCGUGCCGCCUCUCUCACAGUGACUACGAGGUGCGGCUGCGGCUGCUCCUGCCCGGUGGCUCGUGGCGGCGGCUGGGCCAGGCAGGGGUGACAGAGCUGCUGCUGGAGGAGAUGGUGGUGCGCCCCCUUCUGGCACUGGGCCGCAUGAACCCUGCCGCCGAGCUCUACCACCUCAAGAGGCGCCUCAUAGAUAGCCCCUUCAACCACCAAGCUGUGCUGGUGGCUGAUGAGUUUGCAGUGUCAUUUGAUGGGCAUCUGUAUGAGGUGCCAGCCUCCUGUGCCCUGAUGCUGGCCUCUGAUGCCAGUGGAGGGUCCUUUAGCGUGCUGCUGAGCCCUGGAGCAAAGUCACAGCGCACCCUGGUGCUGAGGAUGAACAACAGCAGUGUGGCCAUUCAUUCCAAUGGGCAGGUCCAGGUGGACUGCCGUGUUACUCACCCACCCUACAGGCACAAUGGUGUCACUAUUCAGAGAGACAUUCAACUCAUCAAGGUGUCCAAUGAUAGAGGUCUGUUCGUGUCAUGUGAUCCACAACAGAGCGUGUGCACCGUGACCCUGGAUGGAUGGCUGCAUGGUGUGUCCACUGGCCUUCUGGGUACCAAUGACAAUGAGGCAACCAAUGACUUCACCCGCCCAGAUGGUUUCCUGGCCGCGGACCUGGCGGAGUUCUCCCAAAGUUGGCAGGUGGAGCCGCAGUGUCCUAACGAGGCCCCUGAGAAGGCGUGGCUCUGCCAGAACGUGACCUCCGACCCCUCCAGUUGCUCCGCCCUCUUUUCCAGCCCGGACUCCCCUCUCAGCUCGUGCUUCAGAGUGGUGGAUCCAUCGCAGUUCCUGGCGGUAUGUGAGCGGAGCGGUUGUCACUCUGUGGAGCCCCCCCGCGGCGCCUCCUGCAAGCUGGCCAAGGCCUACGUCCUCGUCUGCAGGAGGAAUUACAUCCCCCUGGAGGCCCCUGCACAAUGUGCGUAGCAUUAUGCACUUCAUCCCGUUAAGAAACUGAGUUAUACAUUUGCUGUUACCAGAAUGGCAAUGACCAAGUCGUAGUGCAUUACUAAAGGCCCUGUGUUAUGUCAUAGUAGUGUAGUACUAUGGUAGUUAACUUUUCAAUGACUCUUACAGUGUUCCACUGGUGGAACAGCGUGUGUCGUGGGGCUAUGGUGUAGUAAAACUGUAAUGCAUUUAUAGAUGGUUGUCGUCUUUGCCUCUGACCUACUGUAUGUUAUUCUGUACUUAGCGCUUCCAGACUCUCCAGGUUUUUAUACAUUCUAUCGUGUACAGUACGUACGCUUUUGCGUCUUGGAAAAAGGAUGCAUUCAACCCACAAUGUCCACGCAGUUGGUCACUGUCUCGAUGGUUUUGAAUUUUACACAGCAAACUACUUAACCUGACUUAACCUGGCUUAAUAAUGUGUACAUUUCCAUCAACACUUUACAAGGAUAAUACUUUAGUCAAAAUGUGCUGCUACAAGUAAAUAUCUUCCUAAUAUAAACUGAUUUUAAAAUGUGUUUUAUCGACUUAUCUAUUCAGUGUGACAUUUCCAAUUUGGUCCUUGAUGAAUCUCUCACUUCAUAUUCACACAGUUUUAGGCCAUUUUUUGACAGAGGUGGGCCUGUUCUCCGUUGAUUUGCGUUGAUUGAGGAGCACAGGUCUACACACAAGAUGGAGGCAGCGCUUGCUGUUUUCCAGUCCUGUCGUGAAUUGCCAAAUUACUUCUACUGUUCUACUGUAUUUUUGUUUGGGAGCAGGGCGAAUCAGAAGGUCCUCCAUACCUUCAUGUGAGCUCACAAAGCUGAGCGGAUAUACACAAGGGUCUGGCGAGAGGCGGGCAACAAACUACUGUCCCUUAUGCACAUUAUGGAUGUGUGCAGCAUUGUGUGAGUGACACUCAAAUUCUAAUGAAGUCACCCUCUCCAGUUAGUUCUGAUAGGAAGGAUACAAUGCCGUCUGGUUAUUUCACUUUGACAUUGAUUGAACUGGAGCUGGUUGGCUUCUUCCCUCAUGUACACAUUUCAGCGCUGCAUUUUCACCAACUUUGUGAAACAUGGUCUGUGCAAGGACAGCUUAAAGUGAUUUCAGUGAGUCCACAACCAAUGUGUUUUUGAUCUCAACAACAGUAACAACACACACAAGCAUGCACACAUGCACACACACACACACAUGCAGAGGCACACAC